CCACUUCGGCCGAUAUUUUCCACGUUCCAUCCCGAUCACCGUUUGCUUCCGGAGCGGAUCUAUGCAGCUUCCGCGACCGAGCCCAUGUCGCAAGAUCUCGGUGCUUCGGUACGGCACGCGUUUUAUUGGGUUCCCAUCUCGUGUACACCUUGCUCCGGCUUGGUGUUUCGCAAUGGGGAGGGAGGCUUCCUACAGCUCCCCAAACGGCGCUGCCAGUAGGAUCGAAGUGACGCCGCGGAACCUUGUUCUCGGUUUGAUGCUCGAAAUGAGCAAACGGGUAUGGGCUCAAUAUGCCCAUGUUUUGGGUCUACAAAUACAGACCAUGAGCUGUUGCCUUCUACUUGAAGUCUCUUUUGAUUGUCUUUGAAAUAACAUGCUUACAUUCGUUCCUUACUCCUGUCUCAUUAUUAUCGAAGAAAAAGAGCAAUCUCCUCAGAAACAUACGGAAUCUGAGAGCAAGGCGCCUCUGUGCGGAACAUCCAUACCACCUCUCGUUCCAAGAAGCAAGUACUACGCACACCACCCACGUUACCAACGUGGCAGCUUCGAGUUCUCGCAGACUACACGACAGUCCAGCCAACAAACAACACUUGGACGCAGCCCUUCAACGAAUUCCUCCGGCAUACAAAUAGACGCAUUCAUACUUCUUCGAGGGAAGCCAACCUCGCAUCAACCCGUGCUAUCGACGCCGAAGACUACGAGCCCAACAUGUGUCAGUAUUACGCCCACGCCUUCACCUGCAAACACCUCUCCUUCACCUUCGCGCGCUUCUGUCAGCCUGCCAGCCUCAUCCAGAAGCCCUGUGCCAAGCGCCAGGUCUGGCAAACGAUCGGCCUCGAGGACGCGUGCGAGGAGUGCUUGACCUGGUUUCCUGAUCGGUACCCGUGCCCGAGGGCGCGGUGUUAGUAAUACCGGGGAUUGGCCUCCGCUCGGGGUCGCGAGGCGUGAUUGAACGAGGACGCAUCAUUCGAGUUCUUUGAACUUUGAGGGCUUGGAUCGCGGGUCGUCUGGCUGUACGUUCGGCUGGACGCUUGGUGAGAGUCGGAGAGCAUCUUGUGCGUGUGGGAAUUUUGAUAGCGACCUGGAAGCUCUAUAAACUCUUGUUUUGAAAGCGACAUCUAAGUCACCCAGUUGAAGAAGUAGAAAAGGCGUCCCUCCUCCAUACUUAUCGCCAAGCACAUAAUCUGCUCUCUAGGUUCUCAACAACCGAAUCAAAUGUUGUCAGCCGAAGCUGGUUGAUCAUAUGGUAGAAGACAGGAGAACUACGUAAUACGCAAGUGAGCUGGUUUCGUGACCCAACGUUGUGGGGUUGGGAGAGCAGAUAGUUGCGAGCAAAACUCGUCGUAUUACAUUAUCCAUACCAU